AUGGCGUACGAGAAUGGUUUUACUUACUGUGCUAUCACUAUUGCAGCUGAAGUAACUCUUAUUCAGCAAUUUCUCGAACUAGGAUCAUUCAAGUACAAGGCUAUCGGCAGGAAUCAACCGAAAAAUGCAUUCUUUCUCUGGAUCUUCACGGUCUGCAGCUGGAAGUCUGAAAUAAAGAUGUCCAAAGUGGAGGAUUUGUCCGUAGUUCGAGUAAACUCGGCUGUAGAGGGUACUACUGGGAGUAGAGUUUGGAUGGUCAGAUGGAACUAUAGCGGCACACUUUUGGCCAGUUGUGGAGAUGACAAAACGGUUCGAAUUUGGAAGAAAGUUCCUAAUAAACCGUAUUUGGAAUGUUGCACAUCACUGGACGACAGCCAUUCUAGGACUGUUCGGUGCGUGGAGUUUUCUCAUUGUGGUCGUUAUUUAGCAUCGGGGAGUUUUGAUGCAACGAUUGUCAUCUAUAGUUUGCACGAUGGCGAGUUCUCGGAGUCGAACAAGUUGGAGGGUCACGAAAGCGAGGUGAAAUGUUGUGCAUUCUCACCAAAUGACGAGUUUUUGGCCACAUGUAGUCGUGAUAAAAGUGUGUGGGUAUGGCAAUUGGAUGAGGAUGAAGAUUUUCAAUUGGACUCACUUCUAUUGCAACACACCCAGGAUGUCAAAUUUGUCGCGUGGCAUCCUUCUGGAGAAGUACUGGUCUCAUGCAGUUAUGACUAUUCUGUAGUAUUUUACAAAUAUGACGGUGAAGAUUGGAUAACCCAGCAAAAAAUCCCUGACGCACACAAUGGUACAGUAUGGUGUGCAACUUUUGACUCCGAAGGUGAACGAUUCAUAACUGUUGGAGAGGAUCGCGUCGUACAGUUAUGGAAAAGAUGUUCUCCAAAUGAACCUGUUUCCAAUGACAAAUGGCGAUCAGUUGCAAAGUAUGUUGUCGAGGAAUCACAGUUGCCUUUGUAUACUGUUUCAUGGCAUACCGCUACAGGUCUCAUUGCUACUGGUGGUGGAGAUGGAAUGAUUAGAUUCUUCCGAAUUGAAGGCCACGGUGAUGAUGAACACUUGGUACAAAUCUCGACAAUAGAUACGGAUGGAAAUGAGGUGAACUGUGUUGCAUGGAGUCCAGUCACGACGUUGGAGGAAUCGUCUGACAAAUGGUUACUGGCGAGCUGUUUUGAUGAUGGCACCAUCAGGUUGUUCGGUGUUAAUUUAUGA